AUGAUCAGCAUUGUCAUCACAUCGCAGGUCCACUGUCACGACUUCCACCGAAGUUUACCCCACCAGAACCCCACUCCCCCAGUUUACCCCCACCAGAACCCCACUCCCCCAGUUUACCCCCACCAGAACCCCUUCAGUUUACCCCACUCCCCCAGUUUACCCCACCAGAACCCCACUACCAGAACCCCACUCCUCCAGUUUACCCCACCAGAACCCCACUCCCCCAGUUUACCCCCACCAGAACCCCACUCCCCCAGUUUACCCCACCAGAACCCCACUCCCCCACCCCACCAGAACCCCUUCAGUUUACCCCACUCCCCCAGUUUACCCCCACCAGAACCCCACUCCUCCAGUUUACCCCCACCAGAACCCCACUCCCCCAGUUUACCCCCACCAGAACCCCACUCCUCCAGUUUACCCCACCAGAACCCCACUCCCCCAGUUUACCCCCACCAGAACCCCACUCCUCCAGUUUACCCCCACCAGAACCCCACCCCCAGUUUACCCCACCAGAACCCCACUCCCCCAGUUUACCCCACCCCCACCCCCCAGCACCCCAGAACCCCCCCCCAGUUUACCCCCACCAGAACCCCUUCAGUUUACCCCACUCCCCCAGUUUACCCCCACACCUCCAGUUUACACCAGAACCCCACUCCCCCAGUUUACCCCACAACCCCACUCCCCCAGCACCCCACCAGAACCCCCCCCCAGUUUACCCCACCAGAACCCCACUCCCCCAGUUUACCCCCACCAGAACCCCACUCCUCCAGUUUACCCCACCAGAACCCCACUCCCCCAGUUUACCCCCACCAGAACCCCACUCCCCCAGUUUACCCCACCAGAACCCCUUCAGUUUACCCCACUCCCCCAGUUUACCCCCACCAGAACCCCACUCCUCCAUUUACCCCACUCCCCAGUUUACCCCCACCAGAACCCCACUCCUCCAGUUUACCCCCACCAGAACCCCACUCCCCAGUUUACCCCACCAGAACCCCACUCCCCCAGUUUAACCAGAACCCCACUCCCCAGUUUACCCCACCAGAACCCCACUCCCACAGUUUACCCCCACCAGAACCCCUUCAGUUUAAUCCCCCAGUUUACCCCCACCAGCACCCCACUCCCCCAGUUUACCCCCACCAGAACCCCACUCCCCCAGUUUACCCCACCAGAACCCCACUCCCCCAGUUUACUGUUUACCCCACCAGAACCCCACACAGUUUACCCCCACCAGAACCCCUUCAGGACCCCACUCCCCCAACCCCCACCAGCACCCCACUCCCCCAGUUUACCCCCACCAGCACCAUCCUAGUUUACCCCCACCAGAACCCCUUCAGUUUACCCCACUCCCCAGUUUACCCCCACCAGCACCCCACUCCCCCAGUACCCCCAGAGCACCCCACUCCCCCAGUUUACCCCCACCAGAACCCCUUCAGUUUACCCCACUCCCACAGUUUACCCCACCAGCACCCCACUCCCCCAGUUUACAGCCACCAGAACCCCACUCCCACAGUUUACCCCACCAGCACCCCACUCCCCCAGUUUACAGCCACCAGAACCCCACUCCCCCAGUUUACCCCCACCAGAACCCAAAUCCUCCAGUUUACCCCCACCAGAACCCCUUCAGUUUACCCCACUCCCCCAGUUUACCCCCACCAGAACCCCUUCAGUUUACCCCACUAG